AUGAUGUUAUCUACGUUUUGGAAUAUCUUCAUACGCUUAUCGGGCGCUCUUGGAGUAGAAUGGGCACCUCUCAACCUCCCUCUUUCGCGUCGUCUGCAAACCUUAGCUGCUACUGGAUGGAUUUGCCUCGUGCUGUUCAGCGAAGCGAUAGCAAUACUGCUCUUCAUAAAACUGAUCUACUCGUCCUAUUGGUAUUUGGCGAUCGUUUACGCUGUUUGGAUGUUGAAUGAUAUCGAUGUGUGCCAUAAAGGAGGUCGGACAAUCCAGUGGGUGCGGAACUGGGCGUGGUGGCGAUACUAUAGGGACUAUUUUCCCAUCAAAUUGGUUAAAAAGGUGGACCUGGACCCCACGAGAAACUACCUCUUCGCCUGCUUCCCCCACGGCGUUGUAUGCUCCGGGGCAUUUGGAGCAUUCGCCACGAACGCUCUCGACUUUCACAAAGUGUUUCCUGGGUUCACGUGUCAUAUGAUAACGUUGGCUGGUCAUUUCGUAGUGCCAUUGUUCCGGGAUUUAUUACUUGCGUUUGGGACCUGUGCAUCCUCCAGGGAAAGUUUGGAAUACCUGCUGGACAGGAAGCGCCAUCAGGGAAAGUGUGUUUGCUUGAUAGUGGGGGGCGCUGCUGAAGCUCUAGACUCGCAUCCUGGAGAAUAUAAAGUUAUAUUGACUAGGCGUAAAGGAUUCAUUCGUGUGGCUAUGAAAUCUGGAGCGCCCUUAGUUCCGGUAUUUUCGUUUGGCGAGACUGACGUGUUCCGUCCUCCGCAUAACCCUCAAGACAGCUUCUUGCGCAAAUUUCAAGAGAAGGUGCGUCAGAUCACCGGAAUCUCCCCAAUGUUUCCGAUCGGCAGAGGUCUGUUCCAGUACUCGUAUGGUGUACUGCCCCUGCGGUCUCCUAUCACGACAGUUGUUGGAGAACCCUUAGAAGUCGAGAGAAACCCUGAUCCCACUGAUGAAGAGGUGAAUGCCCUUCAUGCAGAGUUCACCAAACGACUCAUCGAUCUUUUCGAAGCAGAGAAACCCAAGUAUUUGAAAAACCAUGAAAAAACACAACUAAUUAUAACAUAG